UGCUGGGUGGGAGGCUCUGUCUGUCCUGCGGCUGAUGACGUAAUGUUACAGUUCCCAAGCUUGUAAGAAAGGUUACUGAGUGCUCGGAAGUAGAACGGUUUCAGAGGUUUAUAUUAACAAAAAUAUAAACCCACAGCGUUACUAUUUUCACACAGCCACCUAAAGCGGAGACCCAGGAGACCGGAUCAUUCCUCCAGAGGGACAGUCCCAUACACGACACGUGACUGAGACAAACAGAGUUAUGGGGGUCCGAUAUUCAGAGCCCAUUUGCCAUGCAGCUUACCAGGGUGAACUCCACCAGGUGUACCAUCUGCUCAAGGCUGAUGCCAAGAAAUUAAAUGUUCAGGAUGAAUUAUUAGGAGACACACCACUCAUAGCUGCCUGUAAGGGUGGAAGAGUCCGCGUUGUCAAAUACCUUUUGGAUAAAAAAGCUGAUGUAUCCAUAAGAAACAAGAAACAAAGGACUUGCCUGCACUAUGUUGGAAAAAGGGCACUUUCCUUCUUGGAUUACCUCAUGAUUGCUAUUCUCAUGCCCAUUCUACUGAUUGGGUAUCUCAUAUUGUACAAGAAACAGAAGCAGAAUGUGACACUGCUGGAGAUGGUGUUAAACAGUAAAGCAGAUAUUAAUGCUGUAGACUAUAAAGGGAACACUGCACUUCACUAUGCUUGCCAGCGUAAAAGUCACCGACUUGUUCUAUUGCUACUGGAGGCAAAUGCAGAUAUUUCGAUACAAAACAAUGAUGGUGAAACACCGCUGGAUAUUGCAAUCAGACAGAAAUUCAAAAAAAUUAUAGUAAUGCUGGAAAAAUCAAAAUGACAUGUCCUUAUGCACCCCAGUAGGCAAGUUUUGAAAUUUUUGGUGUACAGCUGUGAAAUGAAAUGGCCACCAUUCUAAAGUCCACAAUGAAAAGAUGUCCUCAGGUUAAUAAACCAGUAUUCACACAAACUCAACUUUAAAACGUAACUGUACAUGCUUUUUACCAUUUCUGAUUUAAACACUUACAAUGCAAGGUUGUGUCCUUUCUGUUUAGUUUUUGGGGUAUAUAGUAAAACUUUAGUCUCCUGCUUUAACAGUAUUGGGUAUGAAUGUUGCACUUUAGGAAAAGACUGACCUGACGAAUACAGGUUUAAAAUGUUUAUUGUUACUGAUGGUUUGUGUUUAACAUGUCGGGGUUGACGAUACUUCUCUCUAUGGUGGAAAUUCAUGUGGUGUAUUUCAAAAAUGUGGUUUAUCCAUUUUUGCACGUGUGCAAUGUAUUUCAAAUGUGUUUUAUAAAGAUUAAAAGCUGUAUGGUUUUACUGA